AUGGGCAAACGGCGUUGGCUGCUAGCUCGAGCUUGUGGACGACUUUUUCCAUUGACCAUGUCGACUGUACGCCGGCCGCGAGUGCUGCUGUGUGCCAGCGGUAGCGUGGCGGCGGUCAAAAUUCCCGAAAUCGCUAAUCGACUGACAGGAAUGGCGGAGGUGUGCGUGGUAUUAACUAAGUCGGCAGACUUCUUUCUCAAACGCGCCAAGGAUUAUGAUGCCGCGGCUCAUACACAGUUCUGUACAGCAAUACAUUUACCGGAUGGUGACCAGGGAAAAAUAACGAUCGUUCGCGACGAGGACGAGUGGAAGACCUGGAACGUUGUCGGAGACAGCGUACGCCAUAUUGAGUUAAAGGAUUGGGCGGAUGUGAUGUUGCUAGCUCCAUUAUCAGCAAAUACACUUGGAAAGCUUGCGAAUGGUCUAGCAGACAACCUUCUUACGUGCAUCGCUCGAGCAUGGAUCCCGUCCAAGCUAUUUAUAUUUGCACCUGCCAUGAACACGGACAUGUGGAACCAUCCGAUCACAGCGACGCAGCUUCGCGUGCUGGAUGAGCUUGGCUACAAGAUGAUACCUCCUGUAGAGAAAAAAUUGGCCUGCGGGAUAUUUGGCAAAGGAGGCCUCGCAACAGUCGACACUAUCGUCGCCUACACCCUCGACCAAUUGCGGCGAUUAUCUCUCAUUAACUAG